AUGUGUCCAGAGAUUUCAUUGUCACCAGUGAAAUGGCGCCGACGUAGCUGGCGAACCAUGUUAGCGGCUUCGCGUAGGGAACAGAUCACACCUAGUGUGCCAGUAUCAGCUCGAGUACAAGAAUUAGAAAAACUUGGCUCCAUCGGGAACGAAGAUACAAGAAGUGUGAAAGAAAUGCUACAGCGAAUACUUGAUAUGUUAUCCGCUCAACAUAAUUCCCAAGAAAAGAACGAAAAUGAAGUAUCAAACGCUAACGAAGAACUACAAGCGACAACAUCCGAAUUAGAAGAGAUUCGACUAGUUUUACUGGUUACCGAAAGAAAAUGUGCUACGUUUCAAAAGAAGAACGAUCGACUGGAGGCUGAGUUAGAAAUGACGCGAAGACAACUGCAGUAUAUCAGGAAUGAAACGUUAGGGCGAAGAAGACACCAUACGUGUGGCAAAUCGUCUAAACUUAGUCAGUCUUUCGAUGCUGGCGCAUUAAGCUGCGAUAGCAGUUUUAUUAAAGGUGACGAAAAAUCCGUAGUAAUCGAACUUCAGGAAAAGGUUGCUGUGUUAAAUAAAGAAGUACAGAAGAGAGACGUUAUCAUCGAGAAUGAAAGAAUUGCACACAAAGCUCAGUUGAAGGAUUUUAUCGCAGCGGUGAAAGCGGCUGACCGUUGUCGUGAAGAAGUGCAGAUGGAAAUGACGAAACUGGUCGACAUAUGUCGCAAUGUGAAUUCACCUGAUGAAGCAUUGUGGUUCGGAAUAAUGCAAAAAUUUGAGCGAAGCUCAAAAAGGAACGCGUUGUUGGCUUGGGCACAAUCAAAUCUAACUGCAUAUCCAUCAAUCUCUGUCUCCAACUUUACAUCUGAUUGGUCUGAUGGAAGAGCAUUCUGCGCUCUCGUACAUCAUUUCAGGCAGGAUAUGGUGGAACGUAUUAUGCUAUUACAACGAGACGAAUGUCCACAAUUAGCUGUUGAACUGGGUGCAAAACUAAAUGUACAAAUUGAUCCGGAAUUAUUUAUUGGACCAAAACCGGACUAUAGACGAGUGAUGGCUAUUGUCUUUAAUUUGUAUAAGAGGUUGGAACUCACAGAACAAACAGAUCAAGAAUGUUGA